AUGUAUGUGGUUGACGAUACAAGUAUGCAAGUGAUGUUUUCGAUCUACCAACAAACACGGGCACAAGUGUCAGUUAUCGAGUUAUAUGUUGAGUUCGAAGAAUUAGUUGAGGUUAAUUUACCCGAACCUAACAUCGACUGGACGGUUUAUAACAUUGAAAGUGAAGAGGAAUUCGAGGGCACUUAUCAUAUUGUUGGUCUAGUUGAAGAUGUCGACGAAGAUGAUAUCAUAGUUGAGCCUGACGUUGCAGAUGUGACAAAUGCACUAACGAGCCAACAUCUAUCUAGAGAGCCUUCUUUUAUGCAUGCUUUGGAUCUAGAUGCUAUGAAUGCACCAGAAUUUCCUAAGUUUGUCAAUGCAGAUCCUGUUGUUGUUACGGAUGGUGAAUUUGUCAUCGGCAUGGAGUUUAGUUCUAGAGAAACUGUGAUUGCAGCAAUUAAAGAUUAUACCAUUCGUCGGGGUGUGGAUUAUCGAGUUAUAAGGCGGUACAAUGGUAGUCACACAUGCUCCAGGACAACAAUCUCUCAAGAUCAUGCCAAGAUAAACUCAGACAUGAUUGCAGAGGUUAUAAAGCCAUUGGUUGAAGUUGAUCCAUCUUUAAAGGUGAAAUCUGUGAUUGCUGAAGUACAAUCGAAAUUCAAUUAUACGAUAAGUUACCGCAAAGCAUGGCUGGCCAAGAAAAAGGCAAUUGCGAAUAUUUUUUGUGGUUGGGAAGCUUCUUAUGAAGCUUUACCGUCGUGGUUUGAAGCAAUGGUACAGAAAGAUCCAUCAGCUGUAGUUGAGAUCGAAACUGCACCAGCUUACCUAGGGGAUGAGAUUAGGAGCUGCAAACCAAUCGUCCAAAUAGAUGGCACACAUCUGUAUGGCAAAUACAAAGGAGCUCUCUUAGUUGCAGUUUCUCAGGAUGGCAAUGGCAAUAUUGUGCCUCUUGCAUUUGCCGUUGUUGAGGGUGAGACUUCUGAUGCAUGGCACUUUUUUCUUACUCAUUUGCGCACACAUGUGGUGACGCGGGAUGGUAUUGGGCUUAUCUCUGAUCGACACGACUCUAUUACCUCAGCAAUAGCACGUAGUAAUGGAUCAUGGGAGCCUCCGAGAGCUAUCCGCAUGUUUUGUGUUAGGCACAUAGCAUCCAACUUCUUAAGGAAUUUCAAGGCACCGUAUUUACAAAAGUUGAUUUAUGCAAGAUUACGUGAGCGUGGUGAGGCUUACACUCAGUGGCUCGAUCGGAUCCCACGUCAGCAAUAUGCUUUGGCGUUCGAUAAUGGAUAUCGCUGGGGUCAUAUGACCACAAACCUAGUCGAGUGCAUCAAUGGGGUAUUAAAGGGGGCGCGAAAUCUUCCAAUUACAUCACUUGUCAAGGCAACUUUUUAUAGGUUAAAUGAGUUGUUCACUAGGAAGAAGGCUGAGGCUGAGGCUCGAACGAAUGCGGGACAUGUAUUCUCUGAAUAUGCAAUCAACAAACUUCAAUCAAAUCAGCAAGCAGCGGGAAACAUCCAAGUUAACUUGUUUGAUAGGCAGAAUGAGGUCUUUGAGGUGCGCGAGAUGCCCAGUGGUUUAGAGUAUGCGGUGAAUCUCCGUCAACGACAUUGUGAUUGUGGUGAGUUUCAGACAUAUCGAAUUCCUUGUCGUCAUGUCUUUGCGUGUUGUGCGAACCAACGACUUGAUUGGCAACAAUAUGUUCAUGACAUAUAUAGGAUGGAAGAGAUAAAGAAGGUGUAUAGAGCAAGGUUUAAGCCAUUAGGGAAUCCAGCAACAUGGCCUGUGUAUCAAGGACCAAGGCAUAUACCUAAUCCGCACUUAAAGCGAGUAUCCAAAGGACGUCCCAAAAUAACUCGUUUCUUGAAUGAAAUGGAUAUGCGUGAUAUGCGUGGUCCUAGGCAUUGCAGGCUUUGUGGAGGCCAAGGUCACAGUCGAAGUAGAUGCCCUCAGCGUCCAGGGUCAAGUGCUAGUGGUGGUGCUCAUAAUUCUUAG